UCCUUAUCUGCUCUUCUUGAAAACAUGUCGCCGAUGAAGCUGUGUGUUCCAGGUGACAAGCUAUGCAGAACGGAGGAUUGUAUUCCCGGCACAGGCGUGUACCUUAGACACGGCUAUAUAUACUCAUCACUAGCAGGCUAUGUGCUGAGAAAAAAUGAGGGAGAGGAGUUACCUGUGAUCUCAGUGGUGAGGGAAACGGAAACACAGCUACUGCCAGAUGUAGGAGCAAUAGUCACAUGUAAGGUAACCAGCAUUAACCCCAGGUUUGCAAAGGUUCACAUCCUAUAUGUUGGUUCCACACCAUUGAAGGACCGUUUCAGAGGGACCAUCAGAAAGGAGGAUGUGCGAGCAACAGAGAAAGAUAAGGUGGAAACAUACAAAAGCUUCAGACCUGGUGACAUCAUCUUGGCUAAAGUGAUCUCUCUAGGGGAUGUGCAGUCCAACUACUUACUGACCACAGCAGAGAAUGAGCUUGGGGUGGUGGUGGCCCACAGUGAAGCUGGUUCCCAGCUGGUGCCCAUCAGCUGGUGUGAGAUGCAGUGCCCUCAAACUCACGCUAAAGAAUUUCGCAAAGUGGCACGGGUGCAGCCAGAGUACCUGCAGGCUUGAGAUGGCUGCACCAGGUGCCUCAGCCCUGAAACUACCCUCUCUUCCACAAGGAACACACAGCUUCAUCUCACCUCUUACAUAAAAACAGGUCCCGGGACUAAUUGGCCUCCAAGCCUGUUUCUGAUGUACCCCUGGAAAAAUAGAAAGUGCACAUGUGGCAGAUUGCUCAUGUGAUGCCAUUACUUUUAUCUUUUUUUUUUUUUUGUGCAUUGUAAUGAUCCGGUGUCAUCCAUUCUAGCCAGCUCAAAAAUGGUAAUAAAAGUCACAUUGUAUUGCAAAAUUCUGCCUGGAUACAUUCUAAACAGUAUUGUCAGUUAUCAAGGGGAGUUUAAAUCAGGAUCUGAGAUAAUGCCCCCUUGAGCUCUUAGCGUUCAGUUUUAGCCUUGCACUAACAAAGCGUGAUGAGUUUAAAGAAAUGCGUUUCCAAGUUAUCUUCAAAAUCUAAGGGGAUAGUCUUAUUUAUACAUACAGUAUGCCAAUGGUGCUACUAAGGGGCGGUUACUCAAGUUGUUGUAAUGCAGUCAUCAAAACUUGUUCAUGCAAGCUUGUCUACUUGUAGACAAAAAUACGGUAUUUUGCAGCUGCCAAAAUCGAGUCUUUUUUUAUAGAUAUUUUUGUCGCAGCUAAGUAGAUAGCAGAAUGAGAAAUGCUGCUUGUUAGCAGGCUAAACAAUUUAUGAAUGGCUAGUUUUUUAAAGAUGACUGAACAGUCUGUUUUGUAACCAAACAAUGUUCCAGUGGGCAGAAAUAUCGUUUUAUGCUGUGAACAAAAAUAUUGACCACAGAGCUGGAGAGUGGGUGUUGCACUGGAUGGGGCAUAACUGCGUUGUGUCAUGGCUGAAGCGAUUUAAUGAGCAUGGUUCACUGCGGGCACUUGAUUGAGAUGAUGAAACACAGAUCUGUGCAGUCGGCUGGAAGAUAAGCGGGUCUUCAGGGGCUCGUUUUUACCCGGUUCCUAUCUCACUGUCUCAGCAUCCAGUAAUUGGAAAGCGAUAACAAGACAAAGGGUUUAGUAGACGGGUUCCCCUUUUAUUAAAAAAAAAAAGAAAAGAAAAAAGAUAGCUUUGUUUAAAAGUUAAAACUUCGACAGCACAGCUAACACACAAAAUGAAGUAUGACAUCAGUCAGAUUGCCCCAUCUCUGCAGAAUGUUUUCAGUACUGAAUGAGUGCAUGACUCUGAGCAACUUAGAAGGUAAUGGUUUCCGUUGUACCUUUGUUCGCUUUGCCUUUUUUGUACUUUUCACCUUUCCUCAUUCUAUUUCUUCUGAUACUUACAUCAGAGAUCAUGUGCGGAAAAGAAAUAAAGUGAGCAUCAAAGUG